ACUGUGAAUAACAACCAAGUUACUCCAUGAAUAUUUCGUUAACCGUAAAACAAUCUUAUUUCGCGUUUUUCUAUAAACCUGAUGUUAAAACAUGGUAGUGCAGGAAGUGGGGGAAAUCGUAAUGUUAAUGUUCGUUAUUCAUGUACCAAUAAUAGGUUGUAUUUGAAUAAUAAUUCUGUAUAAUGGAUCUAAAUAUUAUUAUUCAGCCUAUUGAUGGGCCUAGAGAAGAAGAAAAAAUAUCAAUUCAGAAAGUAAGAAUGGCUAUAAAAUUAGGUUUUGAAGUUGUAGCCCUGAAUGUGAUCGUUGAUGGUCAACAAAUGGAAGGAAAAAAUUUGAAGAUUCCAGAACCUCCUGUUAUUAAACUUGGGGACUUUGAAAUGGCUGAGGUGAAAGUUGCAGGAAAAACCUUUCAAGUUAAAAGCCGUUUAACUUGUGUUGUCAGUGACACCAACCAGUGCCAUCAUCUUACUCGUUCACCACUUGCUAAAAAAUAUGAUAUUUUGGCUGUUCAACCAAUGAAUGAAAAGAUUUUUCAGCAUGUAUGCGGAAAUAUGGAGGUGGAUAUCAUCUGUUUAGAUUUAGCUUCUAGGCUACCAUUUACUCUUAAACGAGAACAGGUGGGACAGGCAUCUACUAGAGGAAUGUUCUUUGAAAUUCAAUAUGCUCCUUGUUUGAAAGAUCGGAUUGCAAGAAGGAAUACGAUAUCCAACAGUCGUAUUCUAACUCAGCUUACAAACAAAGUGAAUAUUAUUAUUUCGAGUGGUUCAUCGCAGGUGAUGGAUCUGAGAAGUUGUUUUGAUGCUGCUAAUCUUGGGCUUCUCUUUGACCUUCCUGAAAAUAAAUGCAAAGAAGCUGUUUGGAGCAACUGCAAGAAAGUACUUAGUCAAGCAGUGUCCAGGAAAUUACCAGGAAAAGGAGUGUUAUUCAUGGGAGGUGCGUCCCAGCUUCAGCCAUCAGACCAGUGGCUAUUAAAGGCAUGCAAAAUGCCCACUACUGGACAAGAAGUUGUGAGUAGUGAAAAGAAAAGCACAGUGUCCAUUACCAGUGACUGUAGUAUUGUCACAAAACAGAAGAAGAAGAAAAUUAGACUUUCAUAAGCAAUAACCUUUACAAGAAAAAAAAAUUGGUAAUAGCCAACUUAAGCAUUCUUUUCUGAAGCCUACAAGCAACUGGUGCAUAUACUUCCUCUACCAGUAAUAUACAUUUAUUGUACUGAAGACAGUUGGAUGCUGAAAUGAGUCACUUCUGUUAAAUCCUUCACAACAUGUGUUGAUAACGAAUGUAAAUUAUGUAUUGACUUGUGAAACUUCAGAUUAUGCACUGAACAUUUGCUUUUGUAAAAUAAGUUUGAGUGCAUAAAAUUUCAUUAUUAUGAAUUGUUUCAGGAAAAGGUUUUACUGGCCAAUGCUGAUGCAAAAAGUUUGACACAGUGUCCCCACCCUUUUUUUUUCGUUCAUUCUUUGAAAAAUAACAACCGAGUAUAACUUGUAUCAUCCCAUUUUACAAUAUUGGAAUUUAUUCAACAAACUUACAUAUAAAUCACUUCAAAAGAGAGCAGUAGCUGAUUUGCUGUAUUCAGUGGUCACCUAUUUAUACUACUAGUCUACAUUAUAAAACUUUUCUUUUUUAGAUCUGCAAGUAUCUGUGUUAUGUGACAUAAAAGAUCAUGGUUAAGAAUUAUUUUUUGGUAAAUCACUUUAAAGAAAUUUUAUGACUGAAAAAUUAAAAGAUUAAUAUUUCAGAAAUCUGUUUGAGAAAAGAUUCCUUGUUUGGUGGUAGGAUUGUAAUCUCUUGAUUUAAACAAGAUAUAGAAGCGAUAUCCUCAUCUGACCAUGGAUCAUUUGCCAACCAAGAAGUUGCAAGAUAUCAGUAGCAGAAAUGUGAGAGUUGGACAUUUCUCAUAUCAAGUCCUUUCUUAAAUUUUGAAAAGAAUUGAAAAUGUAUGAGAAGGCCAGUUUCUGUUUUAUAACAGAUUAAAAAGUUUUGCUCAAAACAAACUCUACCUCAUGUCGG